AUGUCAGUCGGGAAGCACUAUGCUGAUUCCACUGUGCCAUUGGAAACUCCAGCGACGAGACCAAAGAUCAACAACUUUCGGAGAACGACGGCCACACCAAGAUCGCCAAACAAGACCCAAGUGGAAAGAACAAGAAGAAUCAAGGACUCCAACCUGAAGGUCACCAUUCAUCUGGACUUGGUGGCUGAAGUCGAUAUAAAGAUCACGGCGCAAUUGUACGGUGACAUUGUGGUUGGAUUGCUUUAA